AUGGAGCGAGGCGGGCGGUGGGCGGCGGCCCUGUGGGCGCUGCUGCUGCUCUGGGCUUCGGGCUCCUGUGCCGACGGGGCGGCCGCCUUGGGCACCGACUUCGACUACAAAGCUUCCCGCCUGCUGACUGAGGAGGCCUCCAGUCCCAAAUGUUUCUCCGAGCGCCUGGAAGACCUCGCCUGCUUCUGGGAGGCGUCAGAGCCGCUGAGGGAGGGAGAGAACCAGACCGCCUACACCUUCCGCUACAAUUUUGAGGACGACACCCGACGGAAGCUCUGCCACCUGAAUGUGGAAGACACGGCCAGGAACACGACCCGCUACACCUGCCGCUUCCAGAGGCAGGACAUUGCCGCCUUUAUGGCCAUUGAGGUCCACGUCUUUCAGGGGUCCAGCAACGACACCCUGUACCACAGAAAAGUCUGGCUGGACAAAGUAGUUUUCCUGGACCCCCCCUCCAACCUGACUGUUCGCCUGAUGGACCUGCCCGGGCAGGUCAACGUCAGCUGGCAGCCCCCCAACCUGGCAUUCCUGGACUCCAGCAUCCGCUACGAGGUGAAGGUCUCUCCUGAGGGCUCCAAGGCCCAGAUGGUGGAAAUUGCCAACGGGCGGACGUAUUGCCUCAUCACCAACCUGAAGGGCCAAACCCGCUACUCCUUGGAGGUGAGGGCCAAGCCCGACGGGGUCAGCUUCAACGGCUACUGGAGCGCCUGGUCCCAGCCUGUGACCCUCACGAUGACCACCACUGUGGACCCCCUCAUCCUGACCUUGUCGGUCAUCCUGGUGCUGAUCGUCCUGCUUCUGGCCUUCAUCGCCCUGAUGUCUCACCGCAGAUUCCUGAAGAAGAAGCUUUGGCCCGCAAUCCCCACCCCAGAGCAUGAAUUCAAGGACCUUUUCACCAUCUACAAGGGAAACUUCCAGCUGUGGCUGGGGCACCAGAGUGUUUACCUGCGGUGGGGCCAGAACCCCCACUACCUGGAGGAGCAGCCGUUCUUGCUGGAGGUCCUCUCAGAGUGUGACCGCUGUAAGGUGGACGGUGCUCCUCCUCUGCCCCCCAAGACCCGUGGCUUGACGGAGCUCCCACAUUCUCCAGACGUGUCUCAAGAUGAUUACCUAGUACUGGACGAAGACUUGGUGCCCUACGGCCCCGGAGGGGGCGGUUCUCUGCUUUCCGUGGACGGUGCCACGGGGGAGAGCGCAGGGGGCAUGGCAGGAGGGGCCCGGGAGCCCAGCCAGGCGUCUUCCAGCUUCGAAGGGGCCCGGGAGCCCAGCCAGGCGUCUUCCAGCUUUGAGUACACGGUGUCUGAUCCCAGCUCAGAGAGCCUCUCCCCGUGGGACCGCCAGGCAGAGCCCCAGCUCAAGAGCACCUACCGGAUGGUGUCCGACUCCGGGAUCUCUGCCGACUACAGCCCCGUGGGCUCCAACGUUGGCCAGACCAGCUUGUACACCAACCUCCGCGAGGGGGUAACACAGCCACACUCCUUCCUGCCCAGCUACAUUGUGUGCUCGUAG